AUGUCGACUGACAAGAUCACUUUCCUUACCAACUGGCACGCUACGCCGUACCACGCCCCGCUGUACCUGGCCCAGGCCAAGGGAUAUUUCAAGGAGGAGGGUAUCAAGGUUGCUCUGCUCGAGCCCAACGACCCUAGCGAUGUCACCGAGAUCAUCGGUACCGGCAAGGUCGACCUUGGCUUCAAGGCCAUGAUUCACACCCUGGCUGCCAAGGCUCGCAACUUUCCCGUCCAGUCCAUCGGCAGUCUCCUGGAUGAGCCCUUCACCGGCGUCGUCUACCUCAAGGACUCUGGCAUCACUACCGACUUCCGCACGCUCAAGGGCAAGCGGAUCGGUUACGUGGGCGAGUUUGGCAAGAUCCAGAUCGACGAGCUCACCUCUCACUACGGCAUGACGCCCGAUGACUACACUGCCGUCCGCUGCGGCAUGAACGUGUCCAAGGCCAUCAUCAAGGGCGAGAUCGACGCCGGCAUCGGCCUCGAGAACGUUCAGAUGGUGGAGCUCGAGGAGUGGCUCGCCUCGCAGGGCCGUCCCAAGGACGACGUGCAGAUGCUGCGCAUUGACGAGCUCGCCGAGCUCGGCUGCUGCUGCUUCUGUACCAUCCUGUACAUCGGCAACGAGACCUUCCUGGCCGAGAACCCGGACAAGGUCAAGGCUUUCCUCCGGGCCGUCAAGCGUGCCACCGACUACGUGCUCGCGCAGCCCGAGGCGGCGUGGGCCGAGUACGUCGACUUCAAGCCCGUCAUGGGCACCGCUCUGAACCGCAAGAUCUUUGAGCGCAGCUUUGCCUACUUCAGCAAGGACCUCAAGAACGUCAAGCGCGACUGGGACAAGGUUACCAAGUACGGCAAGCGUCUCGGUGUCUUGGACGAGAGCUUCCAGCCCAACUACACCAACUCGUACCUCGAGUGGGCUCUCUCUGGCGAGUCGAGCGACCCUAUCGGAGACCAGAAGCGCAUUGCCAAGCUUCAGAAGGACGUUGCUGUGUCUGGCGGCUUCCACCGGCUUCAGGAUGCCGAGGUCAAGGCUUGA